AACCAACACCAUCAGCCGCGGAUCGUCGCGUUUUCAGAUCGUGCUCUUGUUUUGUUUCCAAUUUUUCAGUGCAAAUCCGUUUAAAAAUUGUCCAGAUCGGCCAUUCAAACGAUGUGAAGUUCAGUGCAAGUGGUAAUCAAAAGGAAUUUGUCCGGCAAAGGGCUCGAACGACGCUGGGAAAGCUUCCAAACGGGGCCUCCAUCGUCACCACAUCCAUUGGUGUGGAUUUUCAUCUGCUGCUCUCUUUGUGGCAAUUGGCUGCUGCUGCUGCUGCAGUUACUGUUUUGGAAGUACUUUUUGUUCGUAUUCUUCCGUCUCGAACCGUCGGGUGUGAAUUAGCUGAAGAUGUCCACAGAGGAGAAUGUAAAAUCGUUGCGGGAAAUCACCGGAUUGAAACCGGAACAGGCAGCGAACCUUCUGACGGCAUACAAUGGUAAUUUGGAGGGAGCGAUCAAUGCAUUUUUCGAGAAUCCGGAAGGCGUUUUGAAUCCGGAUCCACCAGUCGUGAUCGAUGACGAGGAGGACAAUGUCCGGGCGCCGAUACCGAGAAAGAUGGAAGUUCUACUGCCGCAAGAGGAUACCACCCGGGGAAGAUUGAAGCGACGGGGAGCAACGAUCACGGAGGUUCCGUUUCGCAACUUUGAACUGGAGGGGAAAUUGCAGGAACAGAUGCUCAUGCAAGGGCAGGGACCUUCCUCGAAGAAGAUAACUCGACUGGAGGCACUGUUCAUGCCGCCAUUCGAGAUUCUCUUCUCCGGGAGUUUCGAUAUGGCUCAGAGAACCGGGAAAAGCGUGGACAAAUGGAUUCUGGUGAAUCUGCAGGACGAUUUGAACUUCAGCUGCCAGACGUUGAAUCGAGAUCUCUGGUCGGAUCCCAGAUUGAAAGACUUUCUCAGGAAUAAUCUCAUCUUCUGGCAGACGUCCAACAAGACGACGGAUGGUGCCAAGUUUAAAACGUUUUACAAAGUCAACAAUGAGCCCUAUAUCGGGAUGAUUGACCCCCGCACCGGUGAGGAGGUGGAAAAGUUCUCAGCCAGCGAUGCCGAUCCGGUAAAGUUUCUGUCCACGUUGAAGACUUUCAUGACGGAAAAGAAAUCACCCCACGGGAAGGAUGUGACAUUUAUCGAAUCCAGCUUCAUGCACCCGUCGACUUCGCAAGCUUCCACUUCCACUAGCGCCAACGGUUCCAAAGCUUCCGGCUCCGGCAAGGCCAUCUGGAUUCCGGACGAAGAGGAAGAGGAAGACUUCCAAGAAAUAACCGACAGCAGCGAAAGUGACAUGGAACCGGACACCCCGACGUCCAAUUCCCCCUCGAAACAGGCCACAAUCCCAACGGAAACGCCCAGCUCACCGAUUCUAAGCUCAGAUGACGAGGCAAAUCUUCCGCCGGCGGAAAAGACCCGCAUCAUGCUCAAAAUGCCCGGCGAUUUGACCGAACGACUGUUCUUCCGCAGUUCUCGAACCCUGGAUCACACGAAAGCUAAACUAAUGAACAAAUUUACAACCAAAUGCGCCGACCAGAAAGGCAAACCGGUUCGGUUCUUCUGCCCGGCCGUCAAGACAGAUCUGGCCUCACUCGACGGGAGUCAAACACUGCUCGAUUUGAAGAUCCACCCGAAUGCUGUGAUUCACGUGACAGUGGAUGAUUGAAUUUUCACGCGCGCUCGCUCCGUAUUCUUCUGUUUUAAUCCUAAUUUACUUUUAAGUAUAGUCGCGUCCAGUGCUUGAAGGCGCGACUGAAGAUCAAUUUUAGUUUCUGAGAAGCCAAUAAAUUAUCAGUGAACAAAA